CUUGCACCACGAGGGUGAGGCGCUGAGCGGGUUUCCACUCGCCUUCCGAGGGCUAUAAUAGGUGAUGUGGGCUGAGUAAUGCAUUGAUUUCUUGGCACAUGGCUUGUCCUGCCCCCUGCCUCCAAUGGUACUGAGGGAUGAAAAAUGUUGAUAUGGAAGCUUUCGUGUCUUCUGAGCUGAUUAGAUUCUGCAGAUUUGAAAAUGCACUACCAUAUUUGAUCGGUUCCUCUCUGGCUCCUGUGGUCUCUUCCCCUCCCCCCAGAAAUAUGGAUUCUCUGAAUUCAAUUGAGGUUGAAUACAUCAAGAAUUUGCAAAAACAAAUAUGCUUACUGGAAUUUGAGACAUCAUUUCUCAGAGAGAAGGCUAAAAAAGCCACAAGUAUCCAACCAAGCAUUACCAGAGAAGCUGAAAAAAUACUGCAGAAAAUGAAGGAAUUAGAGGCUACAAUCAACACAGCUCAAAUGGAAAUUGCUAAGAAAGAAGGCAGCUGCAAGACAUUUGAGACUGAAAUACAAGCGAUGCAGAGGCAUCUUCAGACACUCUCUGAUGCAAAUACUCAAGAAAAACGGGUAUUAAUAGAAGAUGCCACAAAUUUGAAGAAACUGGCUGCCCUCUCCACCCAGGAUGUCUUGCACAAAGAAGCAGAACUGCUAAACAUCCAGCAAGAACUACAGAAAACUAUAAAUACAGUAAAGGAAAAAGAACAUAAUGUCCAUCUUUUAGAAACUCAGCUUCAGCAGCAGAUUCAGAAGCUCCAGGAUGCAGAAGGAAAACUUGCAGAAAGCAGAUCGGAAUGUAUACAGUUGCAGGCUUUACUCCAGCAGCUAGAAGAGACGCAUCUGACUGGUGGCCAGUCUACACAACAGCAUAUUGCUAAAGAACUUCGCAGAUUUGUGUCUAAAUAUUCAAAAUUACUUGCACCUAGAGAGGAGGCUGAAAAAUUAAAGCAAAUACUCAAAGAGAGAGAGCUUUCAGCUGAUGAGGAUAGAUACUUACACAACAAGAUGGCAGAAGACUGUGGAGAUCUGGAAAAGAAGCUGAGAGAAGAAGAAAAUACCUCCCAUUCAAGAAGGGUGUCUGAGCUUGUAUCAGGAAAAGAAGAAGAACGGCAUCUUGAAAUGGAGCUUACCUACUUGACAACACUACUCCAGGACUGCAGAAAGAGGGUUCUUAAGGCACAGGAUCAGGUAAUAUCUCUCCAGCAAGACAAGGAAUCUGUGGAUCAAACUGGGCACUCUCUUCAGUCACAAUUAAGAGAUUUACAAAGAAAACACUCCAGCAUUCAACUGGAAAACUCCAAGCUGCAAACAGAAAAAACUCAUCUAGUAGAAUAUGUUUCUCACUUGCAUAAACAGAUCGCUGAAAAAGAAAAAGAAAUCCAUUGUCUCUACAGUCAUGCUAAUAGCUUGUCCAGUGACCUCAGUAAUUUGAAGUCUCAUGUCGAUACAGCAUCUCAUCUGCAAGGGGAAAAAGUGAAGAGUUCUCCUGUAUGUUAA